UCUGUGCUAUAUAACACUACAGUGAUAUCCUUCAGACCGAUACCAGUAUUUCCUUUCAAAGUAUACAGCUUUCUGGAAUACGCAGUGUGCACCAUCAUGUCUGAUUUGAAACUGCCCAUCAUUGAUAUGUCAAAAUCCAAAACCCAUCGAAAGGAACUCGCAGAUGUUGUUGUACACGCCCUGGAGAACACUGGAUUUCUGUACAUCGAUAAUGCUGAGGGUGUAGAUUUCGACAAAAUGUAUGCAAGCUGUAUAUGGUUCUUCGGUAGAUCAAGCGACAAGAAACACAGCCUGUCUAGAAAAAUAUGGAAUCCUGCAAAUUCCAAUAUUUAUCGUGGAUAUUUUCCUGUUGGCGAAAACGAACCAAGCCGGAAGGAAGGAUUUGAGUUCGGACGAGACAUUACACCUGGUGAUCCGGAAGUCAAGCCAGGAAACUGGUUCUAUGAACAAUCGGUGUGGCCGGAAGAAGACGGGACAUUUCCUUUCAAGUCAUUCAUGCGUGACCUUUAUGAAAUUAUGCACGAAUUGUCGUUAGAAAUUCUACGUCUCGCUGCAAUCGGUCUCGGAAUCGAUGAGUUUUCAUUUGAGGACCUUUUUUCCAAAAGGCCCUGCUCGACUCUUCGCUUGAUGCAUUAUCCACCCUGGGAAGGAAAUCCCCCGAAAAACGCCAUGAUCGAGGACGGGAAGGUGUUGACAACGCCUGCGCACACAGACUCAACCUUUCUCACAUUGCUGGCUACAUUUGGCUAUAAAGGUCUCGAGCUAGUAACAGCCGACGGAAAUUGGGCGGAAGUGGAACCUCGCCCCGGAAGUCUUGUCAUGAACAUCGGUGAUGUGUUUUCACGAAUGAUGGGUGGUAGAUUUAAAGCGACUUGCCACAGAGUUGUCGACAUUGGAGUUGACAGAUAUUCACUUCCGUUUUUUCUGGAACCAAGCUUCGAGGGGGAUAUUGGUAUAAACUUUAUGACAAAGGCAACUGGCAAGGGCGACGCUCAUGUGCCGGAACAGUACGGACCUUCCGUCAUACAUACCAUGAAACAUGUGAAGAAGUAUUUCGAGUAUAGGUCAUUGCCUGAAUUCUAAACUAAGUGAGGUUCGGACACACUAUAAAGGUAUGACUGCUAGUUAAAAACCAAACGGAAUUACCUCCACAUUUAAUAGCAGAUAUUAUCUCGAGCUUGAUUGCGAUCUCUUACUUUUUCCUAGCGCAAGUCGGUUUUGAAUAGCUAAAUGCGCUACGUAGUAAUUUCUUAUAUUCCACAAAAGAAAGUUAAAAUUAAAAUUCACACGUAAUAUUAAUUAACAUCAUAUGAUAAAAAUUGCUGGAUUUCUAAAAUCAAAAUGUUCGUCCUUAACAUCACUGACGAGUUCAGGUAAAGUGAAACUGCUAUGUAGUAGUUCUAUUUUCGUUAUUCCGUAUACACUAUACAUUGUCUUAAUUACUAGAUGUGUAUCUAAAGAUGAUAUGUACUUGUAUGUCCUUUGUAUAAUCAAUAAAUGCUGAUCGUUGCUGUA